GCUGUUGUCGAGACCAGGCCGGCGGAUGUCAUGUGACCCCGGAAGAGGACGCGGCGGACUGCGGUCCAUCGCUGAGUACGGCGAGAAGCAUUUAGACAAAUGGGAGAGGAGGAAACGCUGGAGUGUUUCCAUGGGAACGCUGCAGACAGGCCCAGGCUGCAGGGCCGGAGGCUGCCGCUCCUACACGCCCUCUGACCACGCCCUUCUGAAAACUUUCCAUUCCUCUUUGCUGUCUGUCCUGUGUUCUACGUUCCACACGUGACAGUUUUGACUGAUCGUGCUCCUCCAAGCAAGAGAUAUCUUUAGUAUGCUGGCCAUGAUUGUUUUGUGCUCAGGAGUUUGCUACAAGCAACACAGGUUGUCUUCAUGAUUAUCAAAUUUCAGAUGUUUUGCAGUAAAUCUGUUAAGUUGGCAGCACCAGAUGUUUCUUAAAGGAAACGUUGUAGAUAGUCCAAUGCAGAGACCACCUCCAGUUACGGACUAGCCGGUGAGACCUUCACUCAUGUCAGAUCAGCCAGUGAGAGACAACCUCCUGCCAUCGGUCAAUCAUUGAGAGUACCUCCAGUCACAGAUCGGCCAAGAUACCGCCAUCAUUCACAGAUCAGCCGAUCGAUGACCAUCUCCUGUCACAGAUCAGCCAAGAGACCUCCACCAUUCACAGAUCAGCCAAUCAGAAACCACCUCCUGUCACAGGUAACCAUGGCGAUGACAGGCCAGAGUUCCUGCUCCUCGAUGAGUAACCACACGAAGGAGCGAGUGACCAUGGCCAAGGUGACCCUGGAGAACUUCUACAGCAACCUCAUUGCCCAGCACGAGGAGCGUGAGAUGAGGCAGCAGAAGCUGGAGAAGGUGAUGGAUCAGGAAGGGCUGGCAGAUGAGGAGAAGCGUGUGCGUCGCUCCCAGCACGCGCGUAAGGAGACUGAGUUCCUGCGUCUGAAGAGAACGCGCCUCGGCCUGGAGGACUUCGAGUCCCUCAAGGUCAUCGGCCGCGGGGCCUUCGGAGAGGUGCGGCUGGUGCAGAAGAAGGACACAGGCCAUGUUUACGCCAUGAAGAUCCUACGCAAGGCCGACAUGUUGGAGAAGGAACAGGUGGGCCACAUCCGAGCAGAGAGGGACAUCCUGGUGGAGGCCGACAGCCUGUGGGUGGUGAAGAUGUUCUACAGUUUCCAGGACAAGAUGAACCUCUACCUCAUUAUGGAGUUCCUCCCUGGGGGGGACAUGAUGACUCUGCUGAUGAAGAAGGACACGCUAAGUGAGGAAGCUACGCAGUUCUACAUGGCAGAGACGGUGCUGGCCAUCGACUCUAUACACCAGCUGGGCUUCAUCCACAGAGACAUCAAACCUGACAACCUGCUGCUGGACUCCAGGGGUCACGUUAAGCUGUCUGAUUUUGGUCUCUGCACUGGACUGAAGAAGGCCCACAGGACGGAGUUCUACAGGAACCUCAACCACAGCCUGCCCAGUGACUUCACGUUCCAGAACAUGAACUCCAAAAGGAAAGCUGAGACCUGGAAGAGAAACAGACGGCAGCUGGCCUUCUCCACGGUGGGCACCCCGGACUACAUCGCCCCAGAGGUCUUCAUGCAGAACGGAUACAACAAGCUCUGUGAUUGGUGGAGCCUGGGGGUCAUCAUGUACGAGAUGCUGAUUGGUUACCCGCCAUUCUGCUCGGAGACGCCCCAGGAGACGUACAGGAAGGUGAUGAACUGGAGGGAGACGCUGACCUUCCCGCCCGAGGUGCCCAUCUCCGAGCGGGCCAAAGAGCUCAUCCUCCGGUUCUGCUGUGAGUCGGAUCACCGCAUCGGGGCCCUGGGGGUGGAGGAGAUUAAGAGCAACCCCUUCUUCCACGGGGUGGAUUACGACCACAUCAGGGAGAGACCGGCCGCCAUCCCCAUCGAGAUCAAGAGCAUCGACGACACGUCCAACUUCGACGAGUUCCCAGAUUCGGACAUUCUCCAACCCACAGCCCCUGUGGUCAGUAACCACUCGGAGUCGGACCUGAAGAACAAGGACUGGGUCUUCAUCAACUACACCUACAAGCGCUUUGAGGGCCUGACGGCACGUGGAGCCAUUCCCUCCUACAUGAAGAGCGGGAAGAGGUAGAGGCGGGGCUUCAGGAGAACGGAAGAUCAGCCUGGCCUCCAUUUCCUGCUCUCUGCCAGUCCAAGGGCUCAAAGUGCUUCUGUUCUGCAGCAUGAAGUGCCCCAGGCUCCUCCCCUUCUGUCCAGACUUUUCCCCUUAUGCCUAGACUCCUCCCCUUCUCCCACAGACUGUUCCCCUCCUUCUCUAAAAUCUACGAAUCUUCAUCCAGAGGUCCUCACUCAGAGGCCACACCCAUGUGACCCAGAACGUUCCAGCCCCCAGUCCCAGAUUUCCAGAACGUUCCUUCCUCAUCCAGACCACAGAGUUCCGUCUUUCCACACAAGGACCAGGACACCACAACUGCAGUUUAAUUUAUUAUAUGUACAUUUUUUUGUAAACCACCAAAGAGCCAGUUGGAGGGGUGUGUGGACGUGGAGGCGAAGCCUAAAGACCAGCUCCUCCCUGCUAUACCAGGCCCCACCCCCCUCCACCCUCACACACCAGCAUGUGAAAACUAUGCAGCCUUACCUGGCCACACCUGAGCUCACCUGAGCCUGUUAUCACCACACGCUGCCUCUUUCAGUCUAGGGCUACUUCUCUUUGCAUCUCUCCUUCUCUCCACAUCUCUCCUUCUCUUCACAUCACGUUAGGUGCCCGAUGGUGGCAGCUGGGAUUUGCUUAUCUUCGGUUUUUUUAUUUUUCUGCCGCUGUGUUUAAAGAGAGAAUGUAAAUGUGUUUUUCUCUGGACUGAGGGAUUACAGCACACCAGCGUUCCUGUCCCCACGUGUCCUUUCCACACAUCCACCACCUGCGCUUAAAUGAGUAACUCUUUAACCAAAGACUUUUUCCCUGUUCAGUUACCAGGGUCUGUGCUGAAUUGAUUUGCUCAGUAUUGAGUUGCCAGGCUCUGUGCUGAGUUGCUGUGCUCAGUGGCUGUGCUCAGUGGCUGUGCUGCAGCGAUGCCCAUGUUCAGUAGCGGUGUGAACACAGGCGCGCUCCCUAACACCCAGAGGCUCUGACACCUACAGCAGCUCCUCCGGCCCCAGCUUCAUAAACGUGGCUCACUCGCACCAUUCCGAGCUGAAAGGCAGCCUCCGGCAUCUUUAUCUCCAUUCCCCAGACUACAACAAAAACAUUUAUUUAGUGUAGAACUCGCACUCCACUCUCACACUGCACUUUAUUUCAGUGCUCAGAUACACCUCUGCUGCUCCAGGGUCAAAGCACUUAAACUCCGUUUCUCAGGUUGGCCCAUAAGCACUUUGGCACCGUUUCCUGUUUCCUGUCUGUUGCCAGGCCUUACAGGCAUCAGCUCAGCAGUUGCAUCACUGUGUGGAGCGCUGGGGAGGCUAGGCCUGAGUCUGAAGGGCUGUGUGCCGCAGUUCCACUGACGUGAUUGGUCGCCGCUGCGUCUGUGUUACGAGUUGAUUGGUUGUACGUGCAGUGAGUCCUUUGUCCUCCCACCUGGGGUGACUCACUGGGUGAAGGGGGCGGGGUCUUGAUUGUAGACAGGCUGAUUUGCACGCGAGUUUACACUGGGACACUGGAUCUGUUCUGUUAAAUAAUGUCUCACCUCUACUCACCAGGUCAUUGAUGGGUUUUCUGUAGUUUGUCACUUCUUGGUUUUGGCCUUGCUUUCCAUUCCAUUGGAUGCAUUUUCCGUGACCUGUACCGCCCCCCGCCCACAGUGAGCAUCCAGCUUGUGUCAUUGGUGUUCAAAUUCCAGCUUCUCUCUCAUUGGUGGAUGUGGAUAGUUUGAGAUGCCAGAUCCAUGGUUUACAAACACCAGCAGCUGCAUGAUGUUGUAGCACAAGAAGCCUUUUUGAGUGGAAGAAAAUGCAGGAAGAAAUGAGCGUGAUUGGUCUGAGCGUGCCUGUUCUGAGCAUGCUCAGACUGCAACCGUUCUGAGCAUGCUCAGACGACGAUCGUUCUGAGCAUGCUCAGACUGCGCCCGUUCUGAUCAUGCACAGACUGCGACCGUUCUGAGCAUGCUCAGACUGCUUCCUCUGCCUUUGCUGACCUGCAGUAGCAUGGGUGUCUGAGGCUGAGGCUCCAAUCAAGGGAACAAAGCAAGACAGUUGCAACUAUCAACUAUUCCAGUGAUGUCAUCAGUGUGCCCAACUGAGACUGCACUGCAAAAAAAAGUCAGACACACAGACACAAGCAGGCACAAGCAGACACACACACACACACAAAAGCAGGCAUAAGCAGACACACACACACACACACUCUAAUGAAUCAGGCAGGGCCUGUGUGAGAGUGUGUUUCAUAGGCAGAGCCAGUUCUGCUUCCAGCCCGUUAGAUCAGUGAUGUGCUCUCCAGGUGCAAAUGCAGUGUUUUUACAAUCAGAGACAGACCGCUCUCCCGCUCUCUCCUCUCCCCCUCGGGUCUUCUGCGUGAUUGGCAGCCUGAUUGAGAUUUCGGGGGAGAGGGAGCACAGCGGGGCUGGCACCCCACACUGCCAGCCCGACUCACUCAGCGCGAGAGACGAGUGGAAACGAAAGCUCUGCGUGUGUUUGUGUGUGUGUGUGUGUGUGUGUGUGUAUGCGCGGGCUUGUACAUGUGUGUGUGCGUGCGUGCGUGCGUGUGCAUGUGCGUGUUUGCGUGUGUGUGUGUGUGGACGUGUGCAGGCUUGUACGUGUGUGUGUUCCUUGAGGAGAGCAUCGGUCCGUCUUCCUAAAGCACUCAUCAUGCGUCUGAAAGCAGCGCCUUCUGUUGAGUCCUCUCUGCGUGAAGCCAGCUCCAUUCCAGUAAAUCCUGUUUUUACAUGCAGGCCCGCUGUCCUACUGAAGAUAUUUAGGCACAUUAAGAGCAUUUUGUACAAACGUAUAAACAGAAGAAGCCUUUUAGGCUGGUCUUGUGUUGUAGAGACAAAUGGGUAGGGGUGUUUUUGAAAGGGUGCUUUUGUAAAGCGUGAAUAACGAUACAGAAGAAGGGUUUUGUUUUUUAACGGAUGUAUGCUGUGGAGGGGUCAGUAAUCUUUGUAAAUAUCUGAUUUACGUGCUGGUGAAAAUGAUUUCUGAUGCGUUUGUAUUUGACGGCGAAGGUUAGCGCAGUCAAUCGCAGGGAUUUUUUCUCUUCUCAGGGUCUCCGGGGUUAAACGGGGCUUUGCUUAAUAUCUCCGGUGCGGAAAUCACACAGCCAUGUUCUGCACUGAACAGUGAGGGAGACAGACACACCAGUGUCUUUCCCUGGCAUUCACUCAACCUGGCCAGUGUCACCUUAGAACCAUUUUACGGUACGAGACCAGCUCACGUCACUAGGUGUGUGUGUGUGAAUGUGUUCAGUGCGGUCUUCCGCUCAAAAGUGAACUGAACUAAGGGUUAUCAGACCGGUCACCAUGCUCACGAGUAUGCUGUCCUUUAAAAAGCAUGGAAAGGCUGUCCAGUGGGCGAACAUAGACUGUGUUUUUGGAAGCGUCCACGCGGUUUGUAAUGCAUGUACAUUAUACUGUAUGAUGUGCAUAUUAUAAUGUGCAUUAUACAUUAGGAGAUGCAUUAUAAAUGUGUUUAUACAUCAUAGAAUGUGCACACAGGAGCAUCGGGCAGUACGGACCUGUCUUUGGACCAGAGCAGGAUGAUCCACUUCCUUAUCAAAGGGGAAAUGGGCCAUUCUGCAUUUCUGUUGAAAAUGACUGUAAUGCUGGUACAGACGUAUAGGAGGUCAGCGCAAGGGCUGAUGGGAAAUUGAGUUUUAAAGGGGGGGUUUCCAGAACUCCAGCCCACCUUCUGGGAAGAGUGGCCCGGUUGGUCCGGAGAGAUGUACUGAGCUGCAGCUAACACUAGGGUUGACCCCUGGAGUAAUUUUCCUUCCUUCUCUCUUAGACCGACAGCACCCACGCAUUAAAACGGAUUGUCGAUUCCCGCCUUAAUUACUCAGAAUGUAUAUACGCUCACGUGUGCAUGUUUUAUUUAAUUUUUUUCUCCUCGGCGGUUGAAUGUUUAUUCUGCCUGUCCACCAGGCGGCAGUAUAGAGCAAAAUUGUGUUAGUGUGAAAGGAACAUUAAUGCUGGACAAAUGCUGGUAGACUUUCAGGAGCAUUCAAUAAAGCACCCUUGUACACAGCA